UGCGAGCAGCGCACCACGCGGGAUAACUGGACCCGGAGACCUGUCACUGCAGGCUCAGUAGGAACUCUUAUCAUCCUUGGCGACAUGGGGUCGAAAGAGUGAUGGUUCCAGCAAGAGAUCUUUUGGAUACUCAAGUUAGGGACAAGAUAUCCACAGGGCCUUAAUAGAAGAAUGGAUACAAUUUUACAUUAUAAAAGAAUACUGGAGCACCAAGGCGAGGGGUGUCUUCAUUGCAGUUAAGAACUCUGUAGCAUUCACGGUGAAAGAAUCUAUUGCUGACGACCAGGAGAGGAAUGUGAAACUUUGUUGCACCAUCAAUGCCGUACAGUACACUAUUGUUUCUUUGUAUGCGCCAAACAAAGGUUGCAUGGAAAAUGAAUAGCUCCUCUGGAAGAAUAUGCUUGACAACUUAACAGAAGAAAGUUGUGCACUACUGAGCAUUCCUAUUUGACAUUUUUGUGUUAUAAGAUAGCCAAAUAUGGCAAAGAUUAUAUACUGGCAAAGAUUAUGCAGACCGUUUGCCUGGGGUAUACCUUGGGGUAAGGUAUACUUUUUAUUUUUGCUCCUUUCUCACACCGGCCACAUCUGUUUCAGCACAAGCAUCCAUGAUGUAGAUGAAUGUGUGGAGGGAACAGACAACUGUCACAUAGAUGCAAUCUGCCAAAAUACCCUGCGCUCAUACAAAUGCAUAUGCAAGUCUGGAUACACAGGAGAUGGAAAGCACUGCAAAGAUGUAGAUGAAUGUGAGCGGGAAGAUAAUUCAGGAUGUGUACACGAAUGUGUUAAUAUCCCUGGCAAUUACCGUUGUACAUGCUAUGAUGGAUUUCGACUUGCACACGAUGGACACGACUGUCUAGAUUUGGAUGAAUGCAUGGAGGGCAAUGGUGGUUGCCAGCAGAUAUGUGUCAACAUGAUGGGGAGCUAUGAAUGCCGCUGCCGCGAAGGAUUCUUCCUUAGUGACAACCAACACACAUGUAUCCAGCGCCCAGAAGAAGGAAUGCACUGCAUGGAUAGGAACCAUGGUUGUUCCCAUAUUUGCAGAGAAACACCAAAAGGUGUGUCAUGUGAAUGCCGACCAGGAUUUCAGCUAACAAGAAAUCAGAGGGAGUGCAAAGUGACUUGCAACUAUGGAAAUGGUGGUUGUCAACAUACAUGUGAUGAUACUGAUCAUGGUCCACAUUGUGGCUGUCAUGUAAAGUUUAUACUGCAUUCUGAUGGCAAGACUUGCAUAGGUGGAAAACGUUCAGAUCAGACCCCAAGUGUCCCUAUUUUAGCCAAUGAGACCUGCUCAGUGAAUAAUGGUGGCUGUGAUAGUCGAUGUCAUGAUGCUUUUACUGGUGUUCAAUGCAGCUGUCCCAUGGGUUUUAUGCUUCAAGUUGACAGAAAAACUUGUAAAGAUAUUGAUGAGUGCCGUGUGAACAAUGGAGGCUGUGAUCAGAACUGCCGUAACUCAGUCGGGAGCUUUGAAUGUGGUUGUAAAAAGGGUUACAAAUUGCUCAUUAAUGAGAGAGGCUGCCAAGAUAUUGAUGAGUGUUCCUUUGAUCGAACAUGUGAUCACAUCUGUGUGAACUCUCCUGGCAGCUUCCGUUGUUUGUGUCAUAAGGGCUAUGCUCUAUAUGGGAUCACACACUGUGGAGAUAUUGAUGAGUGUAGCAUAAACAAAGGUGGAUGCAAAUUUGGUUGUACCAAUUUUCCAGGAGUAUUUGAAUGUACUUGUCCAGCUGUUUUUAAACUACAUUUGAACCGUAAAGACUGUAUAGAGUUGAAGAAAUGUGCAAGACCUGGACCACCAUCUCGUGCUUCAUUAGUUUGCAGUCGCAAUGGAAAGAGAGAUACCUGUUCUCUUACAUGCAGCUCAAAGAAUUUGCUUCAGCCAGAUUCUAACGGCAGCUACAUGUUGAGCUGUGGAACCCCAUCAGUGAGGCCUGGUGUUAACAAUAAGCAGAACACAAGCCAGCAUUGUAUUGAGACCACGGUGACCCAUAUUAAACAGAAGGCAUCCUUCAAGCUUAAGGAUUCCAGAUGUGGCCUGCGAGUGCGUGGCAGAUCAGCACGAGGAGAGGAAAACACAAGACAUGGAAGUGCAUCUGUACCAUGCUCAGAUUGUCAUCUGACCUAUAUCCAUUUAAAGUGUGACUCUUCUUGGAAGGCUGAAGGUCGCAGCUCACGGUCUACAUUAAAUAAGGAAGUUACAAGGAUUUCACUAGAACUUGAAGCAGAAGUCAAAGUGGAUGAAGCAACAGCAAACUGCGGAAUAACAUGUCUCCGUCAGCGACUAGAACGGAAGAUUAAGUCUAUAUUAAAAUCUUUAAGAAAGUCUAUUAAUCACGAGCGAUUUGUAAUCCGCUUAGCUUCUAUGGAGUAUGAGGUAGCCCAGAAAGGAGUGACAGGAACGGACAGAGGAGAAAACUGUAUUCCUGGUCAACAACGCAUGUGGGGAAAAUGUGCUAGCUGUCCCCCGGGCACAUACUAUCAUGGUCAAAUGGAUCAAUGUCAACCAUGUCCCCAAGGCACCUACCAAGAGAAAGAAGGACAACUUUUGUGUGACCUGUGCCCUGGAGCUGAGGCCGCAGGUCCAGCAGGAGCAACGAGUAUAUCAGCUUGUGGAGGCCAGUGUUAUCCAGGACAGUUCUCUGUAGAUGGGUACAAACCAUGUCAGUUAUGUCCACGUGGUAUGUACCAAUCAGAAUCUGGACGGACUCAAUGCAUUUCUUGUGGAGGUGGACUAAACACCAAACAUGAAGGAGCCACAUCUUUCCAAGACUGUGAGGCCAAAGUUCAAUGUUCACCAGGCCAUUAUUAUAACACAACUUUACAUCGAUGUAUUCGCUGUUUGAUUGGCUUUUACCAGCCAGAAUUCCGGCAGAACUUCUGUAUUGCAUGUCCUGGAAAUUCCAGCACAGACUUUGAUGGCUCCACCAGUGUCGUCCAGUGCAAGAAUCGGCACUGUGGUGGAGAACUUGGAGAAUAUACAGGCUUUUUAGAGUCACCAAAUUAUCCUGGGAACUACCCUUUGAAUGUGGAAUGCACAUGGAAUAUUAGCCCUCCGUCCAAACGUAAAAUUCUCCUAGUAGUACCAGAGAUUUUUUUACCCUCUGAAGACGAGUGUGGAGACCUCCUUGUAAUGCGCAAGAAUGCCUCCCCUUCCUCAAUUACCACCUAUGAGACUUGCCAGACCUAUGAGAGACCAAUUGCCUUCACAGCACGCUCACGCAAACUUUGGGUCCAUUUCAAAAGCAAUGAGGUGAACAGUGCUCGUGGUUUUCAAGUGCCUUAUGUAACAUAUGAUGAGGAUUAUGAACAGUUAGUUGAGGAUAUUGUGCGGGAUGGAAGAUUAUAUUCCUCAGAAAACCACCAAGAAAUUUUGAAGGAUAAAAAAUUGAUUAAAGCAUUUUUUGAAGUCCUUGCUCAUCCUCAAAAUUACUUCAAAUACACAGAGAAACACAGAGAGAUGUUACCUCGGUCCUUCAUCAAACUCUUACGUUCUAAGGUGUCUGGAUUCUUACGGCCUUACAAAUAAAACAAACUACAGAAAUGUCCUAUAAUCCUUGGACUUGUGCCAUAAUGCAUCAACAUAAAGUACUAUAAUAUGAUUGCAAUCCUUUAUCUACAAACUAAGCUCUAAAAAUGGCAGUGUAUGAGCAUUGAAGACCAAAUAGGAUGCAGCAAAUCACCAAAAGUGUACCUAUGUAACUUGUUAUCUAAGAACUUAGUAUACUACAUAUUACAUUUUCUUAUU